CAAACACCUUUUCUCCUCCCCCCCUGUCCCCAUUCAGGUUAUUAUCCUCUCUCUCUCUCUCUCUCUCUCUCUCCCUCUUUUUCUUGGUAUCCUUCUGUUGCUUCCUCCACAAACCUCUUUCAAUUCCACCAUAGACGACGACGACAGCGCCGAAGGUCAGAGGAAAUUGGGCUAGCUACGCCCUCCCUGUUCCCUAAUCUUCCAUAUAUAGGGCACAGGAGGCAUCGUGUCUUGCUCAUCCAUAUCGCCUGCUGGCUUUGCUUUGCUUCCUCCCUCCCUCCCUCUAGAUCUCGCCUUCACGGCGACGGCGGGUACUUGGAGAUCGAAGAAAAAAUGUCAGCCCAGUUUGCAUCCGAGCAUGCCUGCUAUGUCAAUUGCAACUAUUGCAACACUAUCCUGGUGGUGAAUGUGCCAAACAGUUGUUCCCACAACAUUGUGACUGUCAAAUGUGGGCAUUGUACAAUGGUGCUCUCUAUGGAUCUCAGUCCUUUCCACCAGCAGGCACGCACUGUUCCAGACAACCAGGUUGUCCAGAACAGAGGGUUUCAAUAUAACAAUUUUGGGAGCUACGAGCAAGCCUCGUCAAGAAAUCUACGAACGCCUUCCAUGUAUUCAGUGUCAAACAAUCAGCCACAAGUGCCACCAAUAAGACCCCCAGAGAAGAGGCAACGUGUCCCAUCAGCAUACAACAGAUUUAUCAAGGAAGAAAUACAAAGGAUAAAGACGAGCAACCCAGAGAUUAGCCACAGGGAAGCAUUCAGUGCUGCAGCGAAGAAUUGGGCUCAUCUUCCUCGGCUCCAUUUCGGCCUCAGCGUCGCCGACGGUGGCGGCGGCAGCAACUAGAUGAUCGAUCGUGUACGUGAUCGAGACGGCGACGAUCGUGCGUGCAUCUGGAUUCGAUCAUGCACACACAGAUAGAUCGAUCGAGCUCUUUGCCUUACAUAUAUGCUGUGCUACGUGCCUGUGUUUAAUUUGCAUUGUAAGCUUGUUAAGUUUUGCAUUUGAUAACCUGUGUUUUCAGACUUGUGCGUACUUUGCAUGUAUCCUGUGUUCAGUGUAGCAUGCUAGCUUCACAAGGGGAUUAUAUGAUAUGCAUGGUGUAUAAUAUUUCUAAAUAAAUGAAUAUAUUUGUUCAGGAAGGACUGUUAAUAUAUUAUUA